AUGGAUAUGUCCGGCCCAAACUCAUUAAAUAUGAGACCACUGUUUAGUGGUUAUCCUUUUCAAGGUCAAGGUCGCGUAAAUCAAUUGGGUGGUGUUUUCAUAAACGGGCGGCCGCUGCCAAAUCAUAUUCGGCUGAAAAUCGUGGAGAUGGCCGCGUCGGGAGUGCGGCCUUGCGUAAUCUCACGCCAGCUUCGUGUUUCACAUGGAUGCGUAUCGAAAAUCCUGAACCGCUACCAAGAAACCGGUUCAAUUCGUCCCGGAGUAAUCGGCGGCUCGAAGCCAAAGGUGGCCACACCCGAAGUUGAAGCGCGUAUCGAAGAGAUGAAAAAAAUGAAUCCAGGAAUCUUCAGCUGGGAAAUACGGGAAAAGUUGAUAAAGACGGCCGCCCCGGACGAAUCCAGCGAUGUUAGACAUCCUGGUCAACUUGGACCUGGUGUUGACUUCCGGCAGGAAGGGGUGACGGAUCCACCGAGCGUUUCAUCAAUCAGUCGGUUGUUACGUGGAGGAGGGGUGGAAGGAGGACGCAAGGACGAUGAUAGCAGAAAGGAUUACAGCAUACAUGGGAUCUUAGGCGGUCGCGGAUCAGAUUCCAGUGACACCGAGUCGGAGCCGGGAAUACUGCUAAAGCGGAAGCAACGCAGAUCGAGGACCACCUUCACGGGAGAGCAGCUGGAAGCGCUUGAGAAGGCCUUCCAGCGGACGCAGUAUCCGGAUGUGUACACCCGAGAGGAGCUUGCCUCCAGCACGAACCUAACGGAGGCGCGUAUUCAGGUAUGGUUUAGCAAUCGACGCGCUCGCCUUCGUAAGCAUGCUGGGGCGCAAAUGUCCACACCUCUCGGCGGUCUUAGCACACUGCCCAUGUCACAGUACCACCCAGGAGUGUCGUCCAACGAGCAAUAUCAGAUGGCAUCGGCGGCAAACUAUGAGUUUGCUGCACAAAACCCUGCCAGCUUUUCGGCCGGCCACUUCCAACAUGGUCACUUCGGUGGACAAAAUUUUUCCUCCAACCACAUGGGCUUCCAUCAAAACAAUCAAGAAUUCCUGCCCCAAGAGUACUCCAAGAUGAUAAGCGAGGAAUACAUUAAGCCAGCGCAUGAAAAUUCCAUCAAACUGAGUCCAUCGGCCACCCAUGCUGAAAGCUAUGCCAAAGUUCCUCCGGCAGCACCAGCUGCCACAGCUGUGGCCACACAAGAGACACCUUGGAGCCAGUCCUACCCACCUCAUCAUCCAGCACAAGCCUACGCCACCAACCUUGUGGGGUGUCCUCCGCCCACAACGGCCGGACCUGGUGACUAUCAUCCUAUGCAGCACGCUGCAGCAACCUAUCCGAACAAGUACUGGUCAUGA